UCCCCAGCCGACUCCGCGCCAAGGGUCCCAACCGCCAGUGACCCCACGCCCACGCUUCAGGCAUCUCCCAUCUGCCGCAGAGCGCUCGCAGGCAAGAGGCACCGCCCCACACCUGCUCAUCAUCUCCGAAGCUUCUCUCCUCCUCUCGCCACCGCGCUCGACGACGACCAGUGCCGACCUCCCCGGCCGGAGCUGCCGCACCCGAGAUCCUGCCCUGCUCCCGGCCCACUUCGCGGCCCAGCCAGGUCGCUGUCUGGCACUGUUUCUUAUCAGAGCAUCCUCCACAAUACUAGCUUUGAUCUGCAGUUUAUGGCCGUGACUUUGCAUGUUCUUGCAAAUUUUAUUCCACACUGAGAGCAAUACACAUUAAAAUGGGUUCUACCAGAGCAAAGAAUGAAGAUGACAAGGCCCUUGUGCUGUGCCAGGAAAGAAAACGUUAUGUUAGAGAAGCACUUGAUGGAAGAUGUGCACUUGCAGCUGCUCACUUUGCUUAUAUUCAAUCACUGAGACAUACAGGGUUUGCUCUGAGAAAAUUUGUAGAACCUGAUGUGCCAACAGAUUCUUCGCUGUACACAUCAACAUCCGCAACACCAGAGCCUCCUGCCAUUAGGCAGAGAUCGAUGAACCUAUCCCCAUCUGUGUCACAUCAGGCUAGCGACUCUUUCUCCCCAGCUGCAUCCCCGUUUUCUUCAAGACAUUUCCAUGUCAGUCAUAUGAAAGCUGGGAGGAACCCAGUGAGGACUGUUGAAGAAAAGGUGCCUGUUCCUGUAACAGCAACUCUGCAAACCUCAUCCCCUGUUCCAAUACAACCUGUACAUGAUCUGGAUGAUAGCUCCACAUUUGAAGCUCCUCCAGGGACACCACCAUGGGAUUACUUUGGCCUUUUUCAUCCUGUCGAGAGCCAGUUGUCAUUUCAUGAUGAGAAGGAGUCUGGUCACGAUUUUGAAAAUGCUGAUGAUAUUAGGCGCCUUAGGGAGAAAGAAGGAAUUCCUGAGCUCGAGGAGGAAUUGGAGAAGUCCCAUGCUCAUGUUGGUGAUAUUAGUAGCCCCCAACAGGAGAAAACUCCAGAUGUGAAAGAUGGAGAGAAAUCUAGUAUGAGUGGCCGAGAGGAUGAUUUUGCAGAGUCAGAAGAUGAUUUCGACAAACCAUCAUCUGAACCUUUAGUACGGGUGUUCAAAAACCGCAAUGAUACACCUGUUGAAAACACUGUAGCUAAGCAGUCACCUGCACAUAUUGCUUCUGAAAAGGUUGCUUUGGAAAAUAUUGAUUCUAAAACUGACAAGCCAAAAAAUGACAACAGGGUACUUGACAUUAGCAUGUAUGAAACUGAUGAAAGCCCUGUGACAAGCCCUGUCAAAGAAGUGGCAUCUUCAGUUGCUGCUCUUACUAUGAAUGGAAAAUCCAAGGAACCUUUUCAUGUCGUAAGAAAUGAGGUGAAGGACUUGUAUACAUCCAUGAAAGAGGUUGAAAUCUUAUUUAUUAAGGCUUCUGAUUCUGGGAAAGAAGUACCAAGGAUGCUUGAAGCAGAUAAAGUCAAUUUCCGCCCUUUGCUACCUAAAGAAAAAGCGCAUGGAUUAAAGGCAUCAGGCUUUUUUGCAACAUUCUUUGCUUGCUGCAGGGAGGAAGUCCCUGUUCCUCAACCUCCUCCUCAGGCUGAAGUGAAGUAUCUUACCUGGCAUAGAUCAAUGUCUUCACACUCUUCGUCUUCUAGGAACCCUCUUGGGGAUGCAUCAAAAGUUGAUGUUGAUGGUCUCACUGGAAAUAUCUUCAGUGGUGUAUACAUGAAUUCUGGCAGUCACGCUUCCACGCUGGAUAGAUUGUAUGCAUGGGAGAGAAAGCUUUAUGAUGAAGUUAAGGCCAGUGGUACAAUUUGCAGACAGUAUGAUGAGAAAUGUAGGCACUUGAGACACCAGGAAUCAAGAGGAGAAAGCCAAAUGAGUAUUGAUAGAACCCGUGCUGUUGUGAAGGACUUGUACUCCAGAAUUUUAGUGGCUGUUCAAAGAAUUGACAUGAUUUCGAAGAACAUAGAGGAUCUUAGGGACAAAGAGCUCCAACCACAGCUGGAGGAGUUAAUUGGAAGUUUGAAUCGCAUGUGGGCAACGAUGCUCGAGUGUCACCGGCAACAACACGAGAUUAUUAAGCUAGUAUCCCAUAGUGGCAACAUGAAGGUUGUAAUUCGGUCGGAAUCACAGUUCCAAGCAGCUCUACUCCUCCAGGUUGAACUAAACACUUUAUGUUCAAACUUCCAGAGAUGGGUAGGAUCGCACAGAUCUUACUUGAAUAGCCUCAAUUCAUGGUUACUCAAAUGCGUGAAAUCACUAAGGAAGAAGAAAAAGUCCAGGAAGAGGAAGGACGCUGAUAUUCAAAUAACAGAAUUUGAUGUUGCGCCCAUAUUUACAAUCUGCGAGCAGUGGCUUGAGUUAUUGAAAGAUUUACCAAUCAAAGACUUGGAAGAUGCUAUUAAAGUUCUUAUUGCUGAUGUAAACCAUUGUGUGCCUCGCCAAGAGAAGAGGCGUGGGGGUUCAAGGUCCACCUUCUCACUAGCCCAUAAUGGAGGAUUGAACGAAGAAAUGGGGGGGAUCCAUAAAAAUGUUCCUCCUACGGAUUUACAGUCAAGCUUGGGGACAUUCCUAGGGAAGCUUGAAGUCUUCUCAGAUGUUUCACUGCACAAAUAUAUGGAACUAAAAGAGAAAAUUAACAAGGCGAAGUACAAUUAUGAGAAAUAUAACAAGUAACUUUGGCGGAGGCAAUCCAUUGGCUCUAAUUUCUGGAAUGGAACAUAUUAACGAAGUCACUAGAGAUGGAUAAGUAAAUCGUCCAUGUGUAUAUUUGUCUGUUGAAAUAACAGGGCACAGACCACUAUCAUCAUUUUUUGUAAAUUGCAACUUGCAAGAUAACCAUGUAUAUUCUAGGUGGGCGGAGGAUGAUAAAUACGUAGAUUUCGGGGCUUCUGGCUAAUGCCAUGCAGCCUUAAUCUGGGGAUGUAAAUGUGGAAUGUAGGUAUAUUAAUAAGACGGGGUUGGGCGGAUAUAGCAUGUAUAUUUUUCCUGGGUUAUAUCAGUAUAUGAGGUUCCAUUUUCUGUAUCUGUGUAAGAUUUGAACAUUUCAUACAGUGCAAAUUGUAUCUGCGUGCAAUUUCAUUCUCCUAA